AACCACAAAACAUCAUCAAAACCAAUACGAAGUCAACUGUAAACAGUCAGUACUUAUAUAAACACCUCAACCCCUUCUUUGAACGUGGAAAACCAGAGAGCAAAGUUGCAAGAAAGGAUGGAAAACUCCACCCUUCAACUCCUAUGCAUGAUCCUAUUCACAUUAGCCAUAGCCACAGCCACUUUCCUCUUUUACUACACCCUAAGCCCACCACGGGCCGCCACCUCUCCGCCCUCGCCUCCCCGCUUGCCAAUCAUUGGCCACCUACACCUCCUCACAGACAUGCCCCACCGGGCCUUUGCUGCCCUUGCUCAGGACCUCGGCCCUGUUUUCCACCUCCAGCUCGGGCAAGUCCCCACAUUGGUCAUUUCCUCUGCACGCCACGCUGAGCUCGUGCUCAGGAGCCACGACCACGCCUUUGCAAGCCGCCCACAGCUCGUCGCUGCUCAGUACCUGUCGUUUGGCUGCUCCGACAUCACGUUCUCCAGCUACGGGCCCUACUGGCGACAGGCCAGGAAAAUCUGUGUGACAGAGCUGUUAAGUUCGAAACGAGUAGACUCUUUCAAGAUCAUAAGGGACGAAGAGGUUAACCGAUUGGUACACACGAUUGUUGAUUGCUCUGACACCGAAGUUAACAUGAGUGAGCUUUUCUUCGCCCUGGCAAACGACAUUCUGUGUCGAGUGGCGUUUGGGAAGAGGUUUAGGCGCGGGGAAAGCAAGCUAGACUUGGUGAGGGUUUUGACAGAGACUCAGGCUCUGCUGGCUGGUUUUUGCUUGGGAGAUUUCUUUCCAAGGUGGGAAUGGAUCAAUACAGUAAGUGGGAUGAAGAGGAGAUUGAUGAACAACUUGAAGGAUUUAAAGGAAGUGUGUGAUGAAAUCAUAGAUGAUCACUUGAGAAAGAGUGAUAAUGAAGGAAGAGAAGAUUUUGUUGAUGUUUUGCUUAAGGUUCAGAAAAGAAAUGACCUUGAAGUGCCCAUCACAGAUGACAAUCUCAAAGCUCUUGUUCUGGACAUGUUUGUAGCGGGGACAGACACAACAUCGUCAACACUAGAAUGGACGAUGACAGCGCUAGCUAGGAAUCCUAGGGUAAUGACGAGGACACGAGAUGAAGUAAGGAAGGUCAUAGGCGGAAAAGGGAAGGUUGAAGAGGGCGAUCUUCAACACCUCCCUUACAUGAAAGCAGUGAUAAAGGAAACCAUGAGACUGUAUCCACCGGUUCCCCUACUUGUGCCUCGAGAAUCCAUGGAGAAAUGCACUCUCGAUGGCUAUGAAAUACCUGCUAAAACGCGGGUUCUAAUAAACACCUAUGCCAUCGGGAGGGAUCCCGAGUCAUGGGAGAAUCCUUUGGAAUACUACCCUGAAAGGUUCUUAGAACAGGAUAUCGAUUUCAAAGGGCAAGACUUCAAGUUUUUGCCCUUUGGAGGAGGAAGAAGAGGUUGUCCAGGUUACUCCUUGGGAUUAGCAACUGUCGAGCUCUCAUUGGCUCGUUUGCUAUAUCACUUUAACUGGAGAUUGUCACCUGGACUAGGCGCAGAUGACGUGGAUAUGACCGAGAUUUUUGGACUGGCUACUAGGAAAAAAUCAGCUCUAAAACUCGUCCCAUCUUCAAUGUAAACAAUGCUAGCAGUGAGCUAUUCUAUGUUUCUUCCACUAUCCUUUCCUAAUUCCUACUCUCAACUUCUGUAAACUAUUUCCGAUAAUAAAUUCAAGAAAAUUUUGACACGAUCCA